GCAUAAUCACUUCACUUAAACAUUUUGCCCAUAAUUACAUUUAGUUAUCGCUCGUUUAUGGGAUGAUUCAUCUGUUUGAGGCUUAUUAAAUCUCAGUCCCGCCGUGGUGUGAAAAGCACAAGCCCCGGCUGCGGUGUUUGUUGUUCUGCCCUCUGCACGAGUAAGACUACACGCUAGGUUAAGCACUAAAUUGGGUAACUGUCCAGCGAUAGCAGAUAAACACCUGCUCGUACACAUCAUCUUGAGCCGGAGAAAGACGGGGAACCGCUUUAAUACAACAAACAUUUGGACCAGUGAACGAUCCAAGACAAGGGAUUUGGAUUUUAAAAUGUCAGCGCUGAGAAGCAAGAGAAAAGAAUAUCUAAGUGUGAAGGAUUUGCAGAAGCUUUUGGACUCUUGCAAGCUGCACCUCAAUCAAAUUGACGAAGUGUGGCCGAACAUAUACAUAGGAAAUGUGGCAGUAGCCCAAAACAAGGCUGCCUUGCUGAAAUUAGGUAUAACUCAUGUAUUAAACGCUGCUCACUCCAAGCGAGGCAGCAUAGGGAACCAAAGCUUUUAUGGCAGCGACUUUGUGUAUUGUGGCAUUCCAGCAGAUGACUCGACACACUUUGAUCUGGAUGUUUACUUUCAGCCUGCAGCCGAUUUCAUUCACAAAGCUCUGAAGUCACCUGAUGGGAAAGUUCUGGUGCACUGCAUCAUGGGAAUGAGCCGGUCAUCGACCUUGGUUUUGGCAUACCUCAUGAUCUACCAUCAUCUCCCACUCAAACAGGCUUUGCAGAAGCUGAUCCAGAAAAGAGCCAUCUACCCCAACAGGAAUUUCCUGGCUUUGCUGUUGGAUCUGGAUCUUCAGCUGACAAAGAAAAAGAAAACAUGUCGGAUCCUGUAGUGAAAAGAGGCAUGUACAUCUUCAGCCACAAAGCUACGCGGUGGUUUCUGGGACUAACCAUGCCAGCCAGUCUGUCGGUGCAACAGUCCAGACUGAAACGUUUAGACACAUCAUCAUGAAAUUUGGUUCGACUGAGUGAAUUUCUGUCGACUCAGCUGUCCAAACCACUAACAGAGAUCAAAGUUGCACAAAUCACACAGAAUAAACUAUCAGUGCUUGUUUUUAUAUUUAUAUGUUACUGAAAUGCCAAAUGUUAAUGGCAGGAGACAAACUCUGCACACUCAUUAGUCUUUACUUUUAUUAUGAUGAGGUUCACCAUUCUAAACAAGCUCACAUAGAUAGAUAGAUAGAUAGAUAGAUAGAUAGAUAGAUAGAUAGAUAGAUAGAUAGAUAGAUAGAUAGAUAGAUAGAUAGAUAGAUAGAUAGAUAGAUAAAGUUUCAUAUUAAAGGAGAUUUUCAAAUGUUAACAUAGGCCUAUACAGGCUCAUAAAGAUUACAUGCUACAUGAUUACCAGCUAAAGAGUAGCAAAUAAACAUGCUAAUGUAAGCAUACCGACAUCGUAUUGUAUAUGCCAGCGCUCCCCAACCCCUGGGCCACGGACCGGUACCGGACCGUGCGUUGUUUAGUACCGGGUCAUGAGAGUUGAGGCUCGGGUGUGAAAUUUAUAGGUCUCAGGGUUUU